UAGCUUAUUAAUGAGCAUAAACCUUGAAACAGAACUCGAAGACUCAACCCUACCCUCAAAGCUCUUACCUCUCUCCAGCCAUGGAUAAUAAUUCACCAGAAUCCAUCUCAUCCCGUGAUAGGCCGUUCGAUUUCCGUGCUCCACCGCCGUCUCCGGUUGCCUCAGGGCGGCGUUCGUGUGUUACAAACGAUGAUGUCCUGACCGAGUUCCUAGAAACCUCCCUCCGUGUGCCCGACCUUGUCUUACCCGACAAAAUCUUCCCCAAGCAGAAGUUCAUUGAAAACCCUUCAAAGAUUGACUACGAAGCCUUGGUAUACGGUUCCAAAGAUUACGAGGAUGCCACAUCCAAGAUGCUGGAUUCGAUUGCAAGAGUCGGAUGCUUUCAACUAGUGAAUUUCGGGAUCUCAAGCGAUUUGUUAAAGAGUGUACUGGAUGCUGCCAGGGGGAUCUUUCGGGUGCCACUGGAUAAGAGGGUUGCUGUGACCAGGUCUCCAGAAAACCGGUCCGGGUUCGAGGAAGUUCACAGUGAGGAUGACACUGAAUCGGGUCAAGAGUUCGUGUGGAGCAGAGAUGAAGAUCUGAAGUUAGCCAUGGAAAAAUUAUGGCCAACUGGGUACUCGAAUUUCAGUGAGACCAUGGGAAGGCUCCAAUCCGACGUAGAAGAGGUUGCCGGGAAGAUUUUCUCUGUCGUACGUGACAUUUUCCUCGGCAAACUUAUGGGAGGAAAAUAUGAUUUUGUUGGGGUAACAGAUCUCAUCGACUUUGUCUGUUGCCUCCACAAGCACAGGCCCAAUGUCCCGCCCGAUCAGUACGCGGAUUUGCUGAGAUACGAUGUGAUCAAGAUGAUGAUCCGUGUAAAUGACUAUUCUCACGCCCUAUGCUUGCACAUAUUUGAUGGGUCGAGUGAGUUUCACGUCUACUCAAAGAAAGGGUGGGUCUCCUUUUGCCCUGAGAAGGAUUCGAUUAUCGUCACGGUUGGGGAUCAAUUCCAGGCACUGAGUCAAGGGCAGUAUAAACACGUAGUAGGGAGACCUGUGUAUAGAAGUGAGGGAGAAGACAGAAUAUCGAUGGCCUUCCUGUAUUCUCCGCCUCCACUGCAGCCACCACCUCGGGCGGGAUCGAGCAAAGACAAUCGCGGCCGAGAUGUCAUCUCCAUCAGCCAGCAAGUUGUGACCGCUGUGGUUUUGACUAUAGUAUACCAACUUCUAGUUUACAUCUGCAAGAAUUUCUGAGAGCUGUGAAUUAAUUGUAUUCAUGAAGCCAGAGAAUUACUUUUGUUCUUUCUUUCUUUUACACCAAAAUAUUAUAGUUCAAGAGAUACAGAGAUCACACGGAUAUAGAUGGAGAGAGAGCUGUAAAUCAGUCAAGUUGCAUAUUUGGAAUUAAAAGCUUAUAAGUUUUAUUUUAAUAUAACAAGGAGUAUUUGGAUCUCGCCCAUC